ACGAAUUAAUUAACAAUAAUUGUUCAUUUGUUCAUCUUCAAAUCUAAAAAUAAAAAAACAAAAAUAGAAAAUAGACAGUUCAGUUUUAAUUCCCACUACACUCACAACCAAAGGGGAGUUCUCUUUCUCAGUGCUGUCCCACAUUCACCCUCUCAUUCCACCCUAAUACCCUAAUUCCAAAAUUUUCAAAUCCUUUCUUCCUCUUUUUUAGUGAAGCCUCCUUGUGAUUUUUACUUGUUGUGUUUCAGCUCGGUAUGUUUCGGCUAAAAUAGUUGAGAGAUAAUUUGGUACCUAAGCUAAGGCGGACAAUACUGUGAACGAUGAAUGUUGCUGAGGUUGAAGAAAAUCUAGUGGCUGCAACCGAUGCUAAGUUACAUGGACAAAUGUGCAAGACUCUUUCUAUAAUAUAUUGCAAAGUACUGUCUGUAUUUCCUUCUUUAGAAGCUGCCAGGCCUAGGAGUAAAUCUGGUAUUCAGGCAUUAUGUUCAUUGCAUGUAGCCUUGGAGAAAGUCAAGAAUGUUCUUCAGCACUGCGCAGAGUGUAGUAAACUUUACUUGGCUAUAACUGCUGAUUCCGUCCUCCUAAAAUUUGAGAAGGCUAAAUCUGCUCUUGAAGAUAGUCUUAGACGAGUGGAAGAAAUUGUUCCUCUAUCUAUUGGGUGUCAGGUUCAGGAGAUUGUGCACGAGUUUGUGACAAUAGAAUUUGCACUUGACCCAUCAGAAAAGCAAGUUGGCAAUGAUUUGAUUGCAUUGCUCCAACAGGGGAGAAAGUUUAAUGAUUCUAGUGACAGCAAUGAGCUUGAAUGUUUCCACCAGGCUGCUGCUAGACUCGGAAUUACAUCUUCAAGAGCAGCUCUUGCCGAAAGAAGAGCUCUCAAGAAACUCCUAGAAAGGGCUCGAUCAGAGGAAGACAAGAGGAAGGAAUCAAUUAUUGCAUAUCUCUUGCAUCUUAUGAGGAAAUACUCCAAAUUAUUUAGAAGUGAGUUCUCAGAUGACAAUGAUUCUCAGGGUUCUGCUCCUUGUUCUCCCACUGUUCAGGGAUCUAUUGAGGACAGUGUUCCUGGUAGUCAUUGUCAAGCCUUUGACAGGCAGCUUUCAAAAUUCAGUUGCUUUAAUUUUAAACCAAAUAGUGGUAGGAAAUCAGGGCAGAUGCCACUUCCACCUGAAGAGUUAAGGUGUCCUAUAUCUCUGCAACUUAUGUAUGAUCCUGUUAUCAUUGCUUCUGGGCAAACAUAUGAAAGAGUUUGCAUAGAGAAAUGGUUCAGUGAUGGGCACAACAACUGCCCAAAGACGCAGCAGGAACUUUCACAUCUUUGUUUAACUCCUAAUUACUGUGUUAAGGGCCUUGUUACUAGUUGGUGUGAACAAAAUGGAGUUCCUAUUCCUGAAGGUCCUCCUGAAUCUCUUGACCUUAAUUACUGGCAGUUAUUAUCAGAGUCUGAAUCUUCAAGUUCAAAAGCUGUAAAUAGUGUCAGCUCUUGCAAGUUGAAGGGUGUUGAAGCGGUUCCUUUGGAAGAGAGUGGUAUCUCAGAGGAAUCUGUGGAAAAGGGAACUGAAAUUGUGUCUGCACAAGAGGAAGACAUAGAGCAGUGUUUUAGCUUUCUGAAAGUUUUGACUGAGGGGAAUAAUUGGAGUAAGCAAUGUGAAGUGGUAGAACAUUUAAGGUUGCUGCUGAGGGAUGACGAGGAAGCCCGGAUUUUGUUGGGGGCUAAUGGGUUUGUCGAAGCACUUCUGCACUUCUUGCAAUCAGCUGUGCAUGAAGGUAGUUUGAUGGCUGUGGAAAGUGGAACAAUGGCUCUCUUCAACCUGGCUGUGAAUAAUAACAGAAAUAAGGAAAUUAUGUUAUCAGCUGGAGUAUUAUCAUUGUUGGAAGAGAUGAUUUCAAAAACUAGUUCUUAUGGUUGUAUUACCGCUCUUUAUUUGAAUCUCUCUUGCCUUGAAGAAGCCAAGCCAAUGAUUGGCAUGAGUCAGGCUAUCCAGUUCCUAAUCCAGCUUCUCCAAUCGGACUCUGAUGUUCAAUGCAAGCAAGAUGCUCUCCAUUCUCUCUAUAAUCUUUCUACUAUGGCCUCCAAUAUUCAACACCUCCUUUCAUCUGGCAUCAUUAGUGGCUUACAGUUCCUUCUUGAAGGCGACACUGAUUGCUUGUGGACAGAGAGAUGCAUAGCUGUUUUGAUAAAUUUAGCUGCUUCUGAUGUUGGAAGGGAGGAAAUUGUAUCAACUCCUGGACUCAUUAGUGCACUGGCUUCUAUACUGGACACUGAUGAGCUCUUGGAACAGGAGCAAGCAGUCACUUGUCUCCUAAUUUUGUGCAAUAGAAGUGAGGAGUGUUGUGACAUGGUCUUGCAAGAAGGGGUUAUACCAGCAUUGGUUUCAAUAUCAGUGAAUGGGACCCCAAGAGGCAGAGAAAAAGCUCAGAAACUGUUGAUGCUGUUCCGAGAGCAGCGGCGGGACCAUUCACCAGUUAAGACACAUCAGUGCCCACCUGAAACUGCUGAUUUGUCUAUGCCUCCAGCUGAAAUGAAACCGCUAUGCAAGUCAAUUUCAAGAAGAAAGUCUGGGAGAACUUUUAGCUUUUUCUGGAAAAGCAAGAGCUAUUCUGUCUACCAGUGCUGAGUUCCUUUGGUUGUUGUAAAUCUGUGUUUGCAUCUUUACUCUUUUGUGGUGCCUUUAUCGUCCUCUACUUCCUGUUCCCAUGGGUGCUGCUUGAUUUUUGGUUCAAAGCGAAGAAGAGAUGUACAGACCUGUGUAAUUUAUGGAUUUUGUUUUCUUCUUUCGCUUUCCUCUUUGUAACAUCAAUGUUUCUAAGUGUUAGUUUCCUUAUUUUUUUAGGGUGGGGUGUUCUUAGGCUUACAAACUUGAAAUUAACUGUGAAUUAUGUGUUUAGGUGUUUCCUCGUUGCACAAAAUCUACACAAAAAUCUGUGUAGUCCCUACAGAAAAUAAAGCAGGUUACGACUAGUA